AUGGAAACCAUCGACCUAAACACUCCAAUGAUGAUGAUGCUGCUGCUUCUAUGGGUGCUACUUUUCGGACCUUCAGUUUUUGGUUCGCCUAUGGAAAUUCAACUUCUAGAUAUGAUGCUGCGGGAGGCUGAGGCUUAUCCCAGCAAUGGCCGGGAUCAAAGGGAUAUAUCCGUUUUGCCAGCAGCCUCUAUUGGUUGUGAUGAAAGUGGAUCGCAGGAGGAUUUUAGCCACUUAUUUGAUGACUAUGAGGAGAGCAAAGAGGAGUGUGUGGAGUUUUUGCCAUCCUGUGAACCAUCUUUCGAGCAGGGACUACCCAUCGAACAUCCAUGUUUUGUUAAAUUACUCCUGCUAAGAACACCACUGCUCAAGCAGGAUCCCUGCGCCAAUUUCUCUCUGUUAGCCGAAAAACCAAUCACUACGGUAAAGCCUGAAACAAAAAAGUGCAAAAACCGAGGUAAAGCAAAUAAGAAUGUAACCCAAAAAGCGUUGCUCGGAAUGCCGAACAAUAGCACAGAAAGUUUGCCAGUAAAUACAACAACCGAAGCACCACAACCCGAUUCGAAAAUCUUAAAAAUUAAAAAAUUAGUUCCAGUGCAAAGAAAGAUUAAGCCAAAUACUACAACAACAACAAGCACCACAACAACUUUGGAAACAACAACUAUAGAAGAAACUACAACACCAGGCGAAACCACCAGCACAGAAGAACCACCAAUGACAACAACUGAACAAGAAACCACAACAACAGAACCCACUACAACAACAACAACAAGUACCACAGCACAACCACCUUUUACAGCGAAUCAAUUGAAACGUUUGAAAGCCUUUAGAAACAGGAGAAAGAAUUCCAAGGGAAACUCUGCAAAAGUUCCCGAUCCACCGCAAAUAAAACUAGAUAACGCCAGUCAGCCCAGCGAGGUUAUCCAGGUAAUUAUGACCACCGAAGUUGCCGAAUUGAGGCUGAAACCGGAAGUGAACACCACCACUACGGUCAUGCCUACAACGACUGUUUCAACAACCACUUCCGAACCGGAAACCACCACUGAAGAGAAUUGCGAAGAUGAAGAGGAAACCACCAAGGUUCCCGAAUUCUCUGGAUGUGAAGAUGAAGUUACCGAAAAGUCUGAAAACCAUAUUGUUACCACCACAGAAGAACCUUGUGGGGACACCGAUGAGCAGGACACCAAUCUGUGUCCUCAGUUUAUGCCAGCACAAGUGACUUAACAUCCCAGACCUCCUCCUGCAUAUCGAUUCCGUAAGCCGGUGAAAAACUAUGUGGAACCCAUUUUGUAUGAGGGCAACUUUGCCAAACCACUUCAGCGAAUGGCGCCAAUAGGACCCCAGCAGAGGGAUUACUUUGUGUCCAACAAACAAAUAGUUCCCAGGCCAAGACCGAAAUACAGAAAACGUUUACCGCACUCGAUUUACAUGAACAACAUUGUGAGGGGAAUGGAUUGCAGUGAUGAAGUUGGCCAGUAUCCAACAAGGACUCUCAAUCAGCCACAAAGAUAUUGGGAUGUGGGUCCUGUUGGUCCUGUUGGUUUGCUUCCGAGGAGCCAAGGCUUGAGAAAAAUAAGACCUGAGCAAAAUAUGAGAAGUUUUGCACCAGUUCCCAUUAAAAGACGGCCUUUAUAUCCUAGAAGUUCUGAGGAAACGAUGGAGAGCCAAUACUUGAGGGAAAGAGAUACAGAACCACAACCGCAGUAUCGUCAUUAUCCUGAUGAUGAGGUAUCUCAAGAGGAAAGGUUAAUGCCAACUGCCACGCCCACUACCAGCUUGGAUCCUUGCCAGCAGGAGCACGAUCGUACUUUUUACCGUCAGAAACCACAUCGCCAGCAAACGGACCAUCGGGUAGACCAUCCCCAACCACCCACUUCCUCGUACUUUUUCACCUAA